AUGACUUGGUCUCUCGCUGCUGCCACCGCCUUGGUGGGUGUCCUUACGGCCGCCUCAUCAGUCGCCGUCUCUCCAGGGGGUGUAUACCCGCGGGACAUCUCGGACGUCUGCAACCAGAUCAAGGCCGCUAUCACCAAUGACUCUGCCGUCGAGUUCUCUCUGCUUGACUUCAAUCCCACCUACAACAAGGACGUCGGACACUGGAUGACCUCGAGCUCGCAACAAGCAGCCUGUUCCGUCGAGCCAGGGACCGCCGAGGAUGUCGGGAAAAUCCUCCAAAUCCUCGGAGACACAAACACCCCGUUUGCGGUCAAGGGUGGAGGCCACGCGUCGAACCCGGGCUGGUCGUCCACCACCGGCGUCCAGAUCGCGAUGUACCGCUUCGGCGAGGUCAACUACGACAGCACGACCAACACGGUCACGGUGGGAGCGGGUCUCAUCUGGGACGACGUCUACGCCGGCUUGGAGGAACAUGAGGUCAUGGUUGUCGGGGGCCGGGUGACCGGUGUCGGCGUUGCUGGCUUCACUCUUGGCGGAGGAUUCUCAUGGAAGACGAACCAGUUCGGCCUCACGGUUGACAAUCUUUCCGGCUAUGAGCUCGUGCUCGCGAACGGCUCCGUCCUCUCUGUCACCGCGGAAUCGUACCCGGACCUUUUCUUCGGUCUCAAGGGCGGUUACAACAACUUCGGCAUCGUCACCCGGUUCGUGCUGAACACGCACCCUCAAGGCCAGGUCUGGGGUGGCCUUAUUACGAUCACCGCCAACCAUGCCGAUGAAGUGACGGCAGCGACGCUCAAGUUUCAGAACUCGGUUUCAGACCCGAAGGCGGCCAUCCUUCCCACCUACAACUUCCUGAUCGGCUCGCUCGGCGUAUCACUCCUCAUGUUCUACGACGGCCCCACGCCGCCCGCGGGGAUCUUCGACGAUUUCCUCGCGAUCCCGUACUUCACCAAGGACGUCAGCACCCGUUCGUUCGUCGACCUCGUCCAGGUUUCUCCCGCGAACGCCACGGGCGGCCAACGCGGCAUCUUCCACACCGUCUCUGUGCUCGAGUACACGCCCGCGAUCAUGGCUGCGGUCAAAAACGAGUCCGAGUUCUGGGGCGAGCGCCUGUCGCUAACCGCCUCCGGCUCGUUCAUCUCGUACGACGUCGAGCCGUUCCUGUCCUCGCUCUUCUCCCACGCGCCCGAGGGCUCGUCCGCGUACCCGCCCUCGCGCGCGCAGGGCCUCCUCCCGCUCAACAUCUACUACGCCUGGACGCUGGCGGCGUACGACGACGUGAUGCACGACGCCGCGCGGCAGAGCGCGGCGCAGCUCACCGCGGUCGUCGAGGCCGAGGGCCAGGACAUCGCGGGCGCGGCGCUGUACGGCAACUACGCGAUGUUCGACACGCCGCUCGAGCGCCUCUACGGGGACAACAUCGCGAAGCUGCAGGCGAUCAGGGCCACGUACGACCCGAACGGCGUGAUGGCGCUUGCGGGCGGGUGGAAGUUCUGA